UUAGAAUAUAAAAGGUUUGUUGGUUUUUGAACAAAUCAGUUGGCUGGAAUAUGGUGGCGGGCAAAGCACUUUGGUUAUCUGUUCUUCUCAUCGGUUCAUCAUGGGGGCAACCACUGCCGAACCCCCAAAUGUACCCCUGUUCCAUACCCUGCCCUCCAUGUCCCCAACCAUGUCCCCCGCCUUGCCCCGAGCCGACCCCUGACCCCUGCCCCUGCCCCCAACCGAACCCCUGCGAUGACUUGCCCCCGUGUCCCCAACCAGACCCAUGUUCUGGCUACCCAGACCCAUGUUCUGGCUACCCAGACCCAUGUUCUGGAUACCAGGAUACCAUACAAGUGGGACCAUGCAACCCCAAUGACCCUUCAGUUCGAUAUAUGUAUGGGCAAGCUCCUACUGGAACGGUGGUAAUAAAACCAGGUAUCAUAAGAUUCCCGGCCCCCAAGCCUAUAGUGGUGAAGCCAGGGAUCAUCAAGCUCACUCCUCCGCCCAUCUGGGUCAAACCACCACCCGUUCAGCCUCCAGCACCAGCGCCAAUACGGGUCCAACCACCCGCUGUACAGCCGCCUACACCUGAGCCAAUAACGGUGCGUCCCCCGCCGGUGUGCCCUCCACAACCGCAGCCUAUACUAGUCAGACCAGCGCCUGUGCAACCGCCGAAACCUGCAUGCCUCAAGGUAACCCCACCACCAGUCCAGCCACCACAACCGGAUGCACUCGUGGUCCUACCCCCUAGGAUAGUGGUACCACAAUCCCCCACCAUCUGCUUCCAACCAAACCCCAUCACACGAUUCAGGACCUGCGGCUGUGCGAAGGUGUGUGUGUACAACCCAUGUCCCCCUCCACCUUGUCCACCUUGUCCACCUUGCCCAGAGCCUCACCCUUGUCCGCCAUGCCAGGGGUACAACUAAGAUCUAUAACACAUAUUUCGCCCUAGUUCCCCCCUCCCCAUUUCACUAUCAAACCACGAGGCAUCGCCAAGGUCUACAUCUUUCUUCUUAUGCCACUCCACUAUUGGAGGUUGGGCGUCAUCUCGUCAUAUAACAUCCUGUCUUUCUGGGCACAACCCAUACCCCCCUCCACCUUGCUCUUGCCAGCAAUGCCAGGGGUUCAACUAAGAGCUAUAAGACAUACUACGGAGAGUGUGGAACUAUUCGACCUAGUUCUCCCCUCGCCAUUUUACUAUCAAACCGCGAGACAUCGCCAAGGACUGGACCCUUGUUCUUCUUCUUGUUUCCAUCAGCCUAUAUACGUCCACUGCUGGACAUAGGCCUUUCCAAGAGUCCGUCCACAAACACGGUCCUCCGCCUUCCUCAUCCACCCGCUCCCCGCCACCUUCUUCAGGUCAUCGGUCCAGCGGGCUGGAGCUCGUCCUCUUCUUGUCAAUCAAUAAAUCAGCCUGUUUGCGUCCACUGCUGGACAUAGGCCUUCCUGAGCUCUUCUUGUGCCUCUCCACUAUUGGAGGUUAGCCUUCAUCUCGUCAUAUAACUUCAUCUUUCCCCAAACGGAAGAGUUUUGCUACGUUGGCUAUCCCAGUCCAUUCUCGGAUGUUUCUAAGCCACGACUUUCUCUUCUACCGAUACUUCUCCUUCAAUUGCCCAUACCCAUCACGAUGGUCU